AGAACCCUUUCUCCUAAAACCCUAAUUCUCUGCUGAGUGGUGGCUCCGCUGCACCUUUAGUCGCCGGCGUGCGACCUUGGUUCUUUCUCAGUCUUCUCCAGAUUGGGACUGACGUCGACUUUGCUCUUGUGUUCAAGUUAGGUAUUUGUUUUUGUUAGGAGAAACCGAUAACUCUCAGUUUUGGUUGAGGAAAAGCAAGAAUGCUGCUUCUGUUUGAGACCCCGGCGGGGUUUGCCCUUUUUAAAGUCUUGGAUGAAGGAAAGCUGUCGAAAGUUGAGGACUUGGGGAAGGAGUUCGCCUCUCCUGAUUCUGCUAGACAGGUUGUCAAGCUGAAAGCCUUUUCCAAGUUCGAGAACACAUCUGAGGCUUUGUCAGCUGCGACUUUACUGAUAGAUAGUAAACCCAGCAAAGGUCUCCGCAAAUUUUUGCGUAGCCAUUGUGAGGGUGACAUUUUAGCUGUAGCUGAUUCCAAACUUGGGAACACAAUCAAAGAGAAGCUGCAAAUAGAAUGUGUUCACAAUAAUGCUGUCAUGGAGCUGAUGAGAGGCGUGAGAAGUCAGUUGACUGAACUUAUAUCUGGUCUAGCUUCACAAGAUUUGGCUCCAAUGAGCUUGGGUUUAUCUCAUAGCUUGUCAAGAUACAAAUUGAAAUUCAGUCCUGAUAAGGUUGAUACAAUGAUAAUACAAGCCAUUAGCUUGUUGGAUGACCUUGACAAGGAGCUGAAUACGUAUGCAAUGAGGGUCAGGGAAUGGUAUGGUUGGCAUUUUCCAGAACUUGCAAAGAUCAUACAAGACAAUAUCCUUUAUGCAAAGACAGUUAAGUUGAUGGGCAACCGAACAAAUGCUGCGAAGCUUGAUUUCUCUGAGAUACUCCAAGAAGAAGUUGAGGCAGAACUGAAAGAGGCUGCCAUGAUUUCCAUGGGAACUGAAGUUAGUGACCUGGAUUUGGAGAACAUCAAAGAUUUGUGCAACCAAGUUCUCUCUCUUGCAGAGUACAGAGCUCAACUCUACGACUAUCUAAAGAGCAGGAUGAACACCAUUGCCCCAAAUCUUACGGCUCUUGUUGGAGAACUUGUUGGUGCUCGCUUGAUUGCGCAUGGAGGCAGCUUAUUAAAUCUGGCUAAGCAACCGGGAAGUACAGUUCAGAUACUUGGUGCAGAGAAAGCUCUUUUCCGAGCACUGAAGACAAAGCAUGCGACUCCUAAAUAUGGACUUAUAUAUCAUGCAUCUUUAAUUGGUCAAGCAGCACCUAAGCACAAGGGUAAAAUUUCAAGGUCUCUUGCUGCAAAAGCUGCCUUGGCAAUUCGAUGUGAUGCUCUUGGAGAUGGGGAAGAUAAUUCUAUGGGUUUGGAGAACAGAGCCAAGCUUGAAGCACGAUUAAGGAGCUUAGAAGGCAGAGAACUUGGUCGUUCUGCUGGGUCUGUAAAAGGCAAACCGAAGAUUGAAGUCUAUGACAAGGACCGGAAGAAAGGAUCUGGGGGUUUGAUUACUCCAGCUAAGACUUACAAUCCAGCAGCGGAUUCAGUUCUAGGCCUAACAGAAUCAUUGUCCAAGGACGAAACUGUUCCAUCCCACAAUCAGCAACCAGGCAGUGAUGUGCCGGUUACUGAUGGAGAGCAAAAGAGUGAGAAAAAGAAAAAGAAGAAGAAGAAUGUAGAAGACGCCGCCAUGGCAGAUGGAGCUGAACCUGAAAGUGAAGCAGUUGGGAAGAAGGAAAAGAAGAAAAAGAAGCACUUACCAGAUGAUGCUGAGAUGACAACUGAACAUGAGAAUGCAGAUGGGGGAGAGAAGAAGAAAAAGAGAAAACACGCCGCGUUGCCAAGUGAAACGGAUAAUGCGGAUGCAGGCGAGAAGAAGAAAAAGAAGAGGAAACAUGCUGAGAAUGAUGGGGAAGACGCAGAAACCCCUAAACAGAAGAAGGAGAAAAAGAAGAAGAAGAAAAGUGAAGCCUGAACAUUUCGGACAUGCAUGAGCAACAGGUCUAACAGUUUUGUUUCUUGAGCAUGGUGAUGUUGUGCAUGUAAAUUAGUCCACCACCUAUUCAUCCUACAAUACUGACUUGAAUUUCCCAUGAGAAGUCGAACCACCGGUUUGAGUGAGACAUAUUUUACUGUGGGACGCGUUCAUAUCUAUCUAUAUUCGGUGAUCAUUUCAGUUGUCUUAGCAGAAUGUAUCUUUAACUUGAUAAAUAGGGUGAUGAAAUUUUGCUUUGUGAUGACAAAUUAGGUAGGACAAAAGCUUGUCUCCAUAAGGCGGUGCAUUUUACAGUCUGCUUGUCUCCAGAAAAAUGCCUGAUUUCUUCUGGUGAAAUUCUUGAAUGGUGGCUGUAGCCUGUCUACCCAUGUUUUCAUCUUUUA